UUUCAGAAAAGAAAUGAGCGAAGCACUUGAGACCGGUGAUCCUUCGCCACCACCUCCAAUCGUUUCCGAAAAUGGAAAAACAUAUUAUUAUCUGAAUUCUCAAGAAUCACAAGCUCCUAAUACACCUUCUCCACAGGAAGUCCCACCUAAAAAAAUGACGAAUUUGUUUGAAAGUGGACCUUUGGUUUAUGAAGAUGUUGCAGCCGACAUUGAAGCUGUUACCGAGCGUGCUUCUCGGAGGCACUACGAAAAUAAAAUGGUAGUAAAGAAUUCGCGGGAAAUGUUUGAUAAUGUUAAUAUCUUACCUGAUGGACGAUACUAUUGCUGCCUUUGUAAUCGUCCGUAUAAAACACAUGCCACAUUGACAGCUCAUCUGAGAGGAUAUCAUUUGCGAAAUGAAAGUUCUUGUGAUGAACCAGGCUGUAAUUUCUUGUCGUUCACAGAUCAAGAAAAGAAGAGACAUCGGAGAACACAUGAUAAAAAGAAAAAAGAAAGAAAUUCUCAAGAAUCUAUGGUAAUCCAUGAAAAAAUACAAAAAGCUGUGAGAAGAUUGGACUAUCCAGGUGAAGAUGAGCUUCGGGACCACUUAAACGGUUCAACUGAGGUCCAAGGCACAAUUAGGACAAUGACCAAAAAAGGAAAAAUAAGAUACGCCUGCCUUAAAUGUCCUCAUUCAGUCUUCAACGCUUACCAUGCAGCUCGGCACGUUGAAAUGCAUAAUGACUUCCCUAAAAAUUGCUUCUACUGUGGUGAGAUUCGAAAAGGAACGGUUGAUCUUCAAGUUCAUUAUAUGAGAGUUCACAAACAUGAAGGAAUUCGCACUUUUAAGUGCUCAGUUUGUCAUCUACGUUUCACCACAACGAUUCUCUUCCGAGAUCACGUCGAAUGUGAAAAUGGUUGCCAAAAUCCCGAAAUUCGACAAGAUAUAUAUUAUGGGGAACUUCCAGAAGGAACAAUAGUUGAUGAUCUCACUCAGGAUCGCUUACAAAACUUUCGAAAAAGACAAGAAAUAUGGAAGACAAUGGGACAGAUGGUUGAGGAACAUCGCACUGAUGUACACGAAGAAAUAGUUGGAGAAAGUAGUGUACAAGCAGGCGAUACUACUGUUUUUGAUGGAUCCCGUGCAUUUAUUCAAACUCCAUUUGGUCUUAAGACUGCUUUGGAAGUUAAAAACACCUCUCGCUUUUGCCCACGUUCCGGUAAGCGAACCAGUGAUGAUGAUUUAAUGAUAACAAAUAAGAAACGAGAACGAUUGGAAAUGGCACCAAAUCUUCAUUUCCAUCAAGAUAUUAUUCACCGACUUCCGACAUCAACAACAACUCAACGACAAAAUAACGCCUUCCAAAACGAAUACCUUCGUCCGCCAGUGUCCUACGGUUAUGAUCCACUUAUUGGAAGAUAUCCAGAUUUCCAACUGAUGUCCCAAUCUUCACUUCCAUCCUCAUCUGCUAGUUCGAGUUCCUAUGACCCAUUUGCAACUGCAGUUUAUCAAGAUUCGGAUCGCAAUCCAAUGCAACCGAAUGAUCAACACAUUUGUGAUAUGAAUAAUGUUGGGGCAUAUGAAACUGCUAAUUUUGGUUUGGACAACUCAUCGGAUCUUGUCGUCAACGAAGCAACAAUUGCAUCAAAUCUAAUGGUGAAUGAGGUUGAAGAUGAAGUUUUUGAGGAGCUGAAUAAACUGGACUUUGUCAUGCCAGCCGAUGAUGGAAAUGAUAAUGAUGAUGAUUUGGAGGAAGUUUUCAACUUCGGAAAUGUUGCCUAAUUUUUAAAAAAACAAUUUUAAGAUCAACACACUCAUCACGAUUUUAUAUUUUAUUAUUUUUCUACAAUUGUCUAUUUGUACCUUCUCAACAUUUUACAGCACCUUUCUAGAUUUUUUUGUUACCAACAGUUGUUUUGUUUUAUAUUUUGAUAAUUUGAAUACAAGAUUCGUUUU